UAGUAUAAAGGCAACUGGAAAACCUGGAAGAAAUGCUAAAAAAGAUGAAAUUGCUGAUGGUUUUGAUUGUUUCCAUGGCAGUGUGGGCCUCAGGAAAUUAUAAAUGGAACAAUGGAUCCUUCUGUCCAGAAACGCCAUGUGUGUGUUGGAAUCCAGAAACCGCCGACUGUUCAUACAGGAACCUUAGUUCCAUUUCCUUUCAUCUCCCCUCCAGUAUUAAAACCUUAAUUCUAACAGGAAACAAGUUUUCAAGAGUGUUGGGUGAUAUGUUUAUCAAUUUUAUUAGUUUAAACAUUACAAGAUUAUCAAUGGAUAAUUGCCACGUAAAUUCCAUUUCCCCUCGAGCUUUCGAGCACCUUGAACAUUUGGUUUUUCUGGAUUUAUCUUAUAAUAAUCUAACAUUUUGUAAUCUUGAACCUGCCAUGUGUUCUCUUAAAAGAUCGCAUCUUCAAAUUCUCAAUAUUUCUGGAAAUGCUUUGUGGAAUCUUCCUCCUGGUAGUUUGAUAUGGUUAUUUAGGUGUGUUUGGCUCAGAGAUUUAAAAGAAAUUAUUAUGACGGGGGGUACCAUAGAAAUGCCCAAUUUCGAAUCAUUUUCCAGCCUCAAAAAACUUGAAAUCUUGGAUUUGCGUCAGAAUGAAAUCUUUCAUAUCACUGAAUAUAAUCUUACUAAUUUACAAAAUUUAAAUUUAGCUGAGAAUAAAAUACAAGGUCUUCCAAUUUUACAUUUGUCUUAUUUAAAGAUAUUAAACUUGUCAAUGAACCAACUAUCGGAAAUAGACAAGCUACGAGAAAAUCUAUCUCUGCCUGAACUUGAGUCCUUAGAUUUGUCUCACAAUCCAAUUACCCGAUUACAACCUUUAUCUUUUGAGCGAUUUAAAAAAUUAAGGUCAUUAAAAGUUGACCACAUCAGAAGAGCUAUAGUAAACAGUUAUACAUUUGCAUCUAAUUCACUAGAGGUUCUUUCUAUUGGCAAUCUCGCAUAUUUCAACAACAGCAUUUUUAGUAACUGUCCUCAAUUGCGAUCUUUAACUGUAUUGAACACAGACUUUUCCGAUGAAAAUUUUACAGAUUUUUUACUACCACUAGGAAGUCUAAAUACAGUUAGGAUAUCUUACGGUAAUAUCAAAUAUAUUCCUUCUCUGCAAAAUUUUUCAAAAUUAAUACAUCUUGAUUUAAGCCAAAACAACAUCAAGACCAUUCACCCCAGUGUAUUUGACAAUCUGAAAAGUAUUCGUACCAUUGUAUUGCAUCACAAUUUCUUUUCGAAAGUAAACCAUAUUUCAUUUCCUUCUUUUGUUUGGAAGAACAAAAUGAUUUCUCUUGAUCUAUCCUCAAACCCUUUUGACUGUAGCUGUCAAAUAAUAUGGUUCGUACAAUGGUUAAAAGAUAACGAAGAAAGAGCAGACAAUUUUCCUGAUUUGUACAAAUGUGCUUCACCAAGUGACAAGCAUGGUCUUCGUCUCGCCAACUUUGAUGCCUCAGAAUGCCAUCGUCCAAACCGGUAUCUAAUCCUCUCAUUUACAAUCGGUGGGUGCUUUUCAAUUAUCUGUUUUGCAGUAAUCAUUUUGAGAAAACUCCGUUGGGAUAUAAAAUAUUACAUUCAUAUUUACAAAACCAAGAGACCAUUGAAAUACAAGCGCCUAUUGGAUGACGGAUUCCUUUUUGAUGGGUUCGUCGCCUACAACUCAAAUGACAGGCAGUGGAUUAUGUCCGAACUUAUAGAAAAGUUAGAAAAGAAAAAUAACUUCAAACUUUGUCUGCAGGAGAGAGAUAUCCUUCCAGGUGGCAUUUUCGUUGACGACAUUCAUCAUAAUAUUGAAGCUAGUCGUAAAUUUAUUUUGGUUUUGUCUGAUAAUUUUAUGAGUGAUCAGUGGUGCAGAUAUGAGACAUUGAUUGCAAACCUUACAGUAGUAGACGGGAAAGCCGAAAAGGUACUUAUUGUUCUCUUAGGAGAAAUAAGUUCCCAGUAUAUGACAAAUUCAAUGAAAACUUUGAUGAAAUCAACUGUUAAUCUAGAGUGGACGAAAAAAGAAAGCGGGAAAAAGUUGUUUUGGACAAGAAUUCAAAUUGAAAUGCAAAAAUAA